GAUGGUACAGACGUAUGGUGUCGCACGUGCGCAUGGGCCAGAGGACCCGGUGGAUGCGGGGGGAGAGCGUGAUGAGUCGAGUGCGUUGCUGGGUGGUGUGAGGCCAGCGAGUUUGGGAGGGAAGGGAGACGACGGAGGCCGGGCGACGCUCGUGAGCUGUAUAAGCAACCUGCUGAACACCAUUAUCGGGAGCGGCAUGCUGACCUUCCCACUGGCCAUGGCCUCCGCCGGCCUCCUGCCGGGCAUGCUCACCUGCAUCCUCUCCGGGGGCGUCGCCGCCUUCGGGCUCUACCUCCUCUCAUUAUGUGCGGCCCACACGCACGGGCGCCACGCGUCGUUCCACGCCGUGUCCCAGCUGACCUUCCCCCGCGCGGCGGUCUUCUUCGACGGCGCAAUCGCCAUCAAGUGCUUCGGGGUGUCAAUAAGCUACCUCAUCAUCAUCAAGGGCCUGAUGCCCAACGUCGUCGCAUCGCUCUACCACGACCUGACCUCCGAGACGACCAACCCACCCGCCUGGGCACUCGACGGCCGGAACUGGAUCUCGGUCUUCAUGCUCAUACUCGUGCCCUUAUGUUUCCUCAGGCAUCUCAACAGCCUAAGGCAUACGAGCUAUAUAGCGCUGUUCUCUGUGGCAUAUCUUGUGGUUAUUGUCAUUUGGUGCUACUACUGGCCGCUGCAGGGUAUGACGGCACCUGGGGAGGUCCGGUUAAUCCACUUCACGCCGGACUUUGUGUCGACGUUCCCGGUGCAAGUGUUCGCGUUUACGUGUGCCCAGAAGCUCUUCCCAAUCUACAACGAGCUAAAGAGGAACAGCCAAAAGCGUAUGAACAUCGUUAUCGUCGGGUCCAUCGGCACAGCAGCGAUGACCUACGAAAUCAUCGCGAUCUUCGGGUACCUAACGUUCGGGUCCAAGGUCGGACCGAACAUCAUCGCCAUGUACCCCUCGACCUCGCUCUUCAUCGCCGUAGGCCAACUCGCCAUCGUCGUCCUCGUGCUCUUCUCCUACCCGCUCCAGGUGCACCCCUGCAGGAACUGCCUCGACAAGGUCUUCCACCCAGGGCACAUAGCAUCUUCAGACAAGAAGGUGGUAGUUGAGACGGACGACGCCAGUAGUAGUAGCAGCGAGGAUAUUGUCCCUGAGCCAGAGGGCGACGAGCACGGACACCACGGGGAGAUGUCGGCUGUGAAGCAUUUUUUGCUGACGGCGGGGAUUAUUGUGGCGGGUUUUACGGUGGCGUACCUUGUGGAUGACUUGCAGAUGGUGCUGUCGUUCGUUGGUGCAACGGGCUCAACGACGAUUUCGUUCAUCUUGCCUGGGCUGUUUUACUGGAAGUUGACCCGGGACUCCCCAACGAGCAAGUCAUUGAAUCUGAGCGCUUUCUUCCUCAUGAUCUAUGGCAUAUGCGUUUGCGUGUUCUGGUACGUCUCCCCCCCUUCCCAACUCAUCAUGAAGAAAGCGUAUGCUAACCACGGAAAUGCAGCUUA